CCGCGCGGGCCGCGCCGCCGUGACGUCAUGUGUUUUGGCUGCGGCGGGUCACAUGCCCCGCCGGGCCCCUUUGUUUUGAGUGGCGCUGGCAGCGCGGAGCCGCGGCGGACGGGACGGGACCUUGCGGGCGCCGGCGUCUGCGGGACUGCGCGGCGCGGCCUGCCGCCUCACCGCGAAGGAGGCACUCGGCAAACUUUUCUCAAUGACUCUAUAGCCAACCGAUGUAACAAUGGUACUAAUCUUGGGACGCCGACUGAAUAGAGAGGAUAGCGGGAUACGAGAUUCCCCUGCAACCAAGCGGAAAGUUUUUGAAAUGGACCCAAAAUCGUUGUCAGGCCAUGAGUUUUUUGACUUCUCCUCGGGAUCAUCCCACGCCGAAAGCAUCCUCCAGAUCUUCAAUGAAUUUCGAGACAGCCGGUUGUUUACUGAUGUCAUCAUCUGUGUGGAAGGAAGAGAGUUUCCCUGCCAUCGAGCGGUGCUCUCCGCCUGCAGUAGCUACUUCAGAGCUAUGUUUUGCAAUGAUCACAGGGAAAGCAGAGAGAUGUUAGUGGAGAUCAACGGUAUUUUUGCUGAAGCUAUGGAUUGCUUUUUACAGUAUGUGUACACUGGCAAGGUGAAAAUCACUACUGAGAAUGUGCAGUAUCUCUUUGAAACAUCAAGUCUCUUUCAGAUUAGUGUUUUGCGUGACGCCUGUGCCAAGUUCCUGGAAGAACAGCUGGAUCCGUGCAAUUGCCUGGGAAUCCAGCGUUUUGCAGAUACACACUCGCUCAAGACGCUGUUCACCAAGUGCAGGAAUUUUGCGCUGCAGACAUUUGAGGAUGUGUCCCAGCAUGAGGAAUUUCUCGAGCUGGGGAAAGAUGAGCUUAUCGAUUACAUCUGCAGCGACGAACUGGUGAUCAGCAAGGAAGAGAUGGUGUUUGAGGCUGUCAUGCGCUGGGUGUACCGGGCAGUUGAGCUGAGAAGACCGGUGUUGCAUGAACUUCUGACACACGUCAGGCUCCCGUUGCUGCACCCCAACUACUUCGUGCAGACGGUGGAGGUGGACCAGCUGAUUCAGAACUCCCCGGAGUGUUACCAGCUGCUGCACGAGGCCAGGCGGUACCAUAUCCUUGGAAAUGAGAUGAUGUCUCCCAGAACUAGGCCACGCAGAUCAACUGGUUAUUCUGAGGUGAUAGUUGUUGUUGGAGGCUGUGAACGAGUUGGAGGGUUUAAUUUGCCAUAUACUGAGUGCUACGAUCCUGUAACAGGAGAGUGGAAGUCACUGGCUAAACUUCCAGAGUUUACCAAGUCUGAAUAUGCAGUGUGUGCUCUACGGAAUGAUAUUCUUGUUUCAGGUGGAAGAAUCAAUAGCCGGGAUGUGUGGAUUUAUAACUCUCAGCUUAACAUUUGGAUCAGAGUUGCCUCCUUAAAUAAAGGCAGAUGGCGUCACAAAAUGGCUGUUCUUCUUGGUAAAGUGUAUGUCGUUGGAGGAUACGAUGGUCAAAGCCGACUCAGCAGUGUAGAGUGUUAUGAUUCAUUUUCCAAUCGAUGGACGGAGGUGGCUCCCCUUAAAGAAGCCGUAAGCUCUCCAGCAGUCACCAGCUGCGUUGGCAAAUUGUUUGUGAUCGGGGGUGGUCCCGACGACAACACGUGUUCUGACAAGGUUCAGUCUUAUGAUCCUGAUACUAAUUCUUGGUUACUCCGUGCAACUAUCCCUAUUGCAAAAAGAUGUAUUACAGCUGUGUCUUUAAAUAAUCUGAUCUAUGUUGCUGGUGGGCUUACCAAAGCAAUAUACUGCUAUGAUCCAGUUGAGGACUACUGGAUGCACGUACAGAAUACAUUCAGCAGACAGGAGAACUGUGGCAUGUCUGUGUGUAAUGGAAAAAUAUAUAUCCUUGGUGGAAGACGAGAAAAUGGUGAAGCCACAGACACUAUCCUUUGUUAUGACCCUGCGACAGGCAUUAUCACAGGAGUAGCAGCCAUGCCCAGGCCAGUAUCGUAUCAUGGCUGUGUGACAAUUCAUAGAUAUAAUGAAAAAGGCUUUAAACUGUAAAACAAACAAACAAAACAACAACAAAAGAAGGAGAUGGCAUGAAUGAAUCCAGUGGUCUGCUGCGAGACAGACUUUUAAAGAUUCCUGAAAUGGGAAAAUGUCCUUUCCCUAAUUGUCAAAUGAAAACUGUAUCCUGUGCCUUCAAAAAAAAAUUAAUUUACAAAACAAGUCUGCAGAUUAGCCAGUAACCCUGGUUUAACUGUAUAUGCUGUGUGCUCUGAUAUGAGUGCAGUAACAGUACUUUGUACUCUAGUGUUCAGAAAGUUUUGCCCUCUGUGUGAUUAGUAAUUAAAAGCUUGGAAGUUUUGUGGGGAAAGUGCCUUCACAAGCAUUUGUGCCUGUAUCCUAAGAAGUGAUGUCUACAAGUUGUUUCAGGUUCUGCUAAUUGAAAAGAUGCAUGGGCAAGUAAAUUUCAAAGAAUUAUCUAGGAUAAUUACCUAGGAUUAAAAAAGUGUGUAUAAUUCAUAUGCACAGCAUUCUUACAAGCAGAUUACUUGGCUUAACCAAGUAGAUUUUAUUUCGGAUCAUGCAUGGUUUGGGAUUAAAAUAAAUAAAUUCAGCUACAUAGGAAAAAAUAUUAGAAUCUUUGAAGAAUGCCCUUCUUGGAAGAAGAACAGUGACAUCUUGGUUGUUUUCUGUGCUACUGCAACACACUGCAGUGACAACUGUGUACCUUAACACUAUUGACCUUAUUCAUAGUGUUGCUAAAUGCUUAUCAAAAGUACAAGGCUAUGUGACAUAGAAAACUAGUGACCACUGGGGUGUAGGCACACAUCUGUGAAGCAGAUCUUGAAUCUCAGUUCUUAACAUCUUGAACAGUACAGCUGAAGUCUGAAAGUUCCUGGGUUCACUCUUUGUGGAAUAUCUCUAAACUCCUCAAGGAAUUAAGAACAACUAACUUUGUGUUCUUCUGCUUCUCUGAAUCACAUGCUAAAUUAUGUGAUAAUGGAGGUAGGGACUUAGAUUGCACCCCACAGCUUACAAAUUGGUCUUUCAGAUAACUCAUCUGCAGAGAUCCAGAGUUAUCCAUUAAGUAUUUCUUCUUGGCCUUUCUUCAGACAAUCAUUUACAGCAGUUCUGCUGUUCUGCAGUAUAACCUACUUGGCCAUAAAUGAGGAGGCUCCUGAAAAGUCCUCCAUGUAACCAGAAAAACACCUAUGGACUUGUCCAUGUAGCCAUAUGAGGUAACUGCCAGGUAGCAUGUUUUGGCUAAUUUUGAAGCCCAGGGUUUUGGUGAAUUUUGAAGCCCAUGAGCCUCCUGUAUUUUGACCUAGUGUUGGUUUUUCUUUUUUGCGGGGGGAGAGGGGGUAUUUUUUCUCUAGCGAAGAUACUUCUUUUAAAUUCUCCUUAGACUUCUGUACUAGGUUGUCUUAGUCUCAGUAGACAGUUGUACAGCUGAGGCACAAUUUCAUGGAAAUUGAAAUAGCACUUGAGUUGGAAAAUGAACAGGGUUGUCUAUGUACCAAGUUCCUGCUAAUCACUAGAAACAUCAGGAACUCCUUUUCAAAGGAAUCCGAGGACAGCAGCCAGUAGGGAAGUUGGUCAGUGCCAGGGCAGAAAAAAGCAUAAGGCCCCUGCAGAGACAGCCCUGCCCCCAGGGUUCUGGUCUCCGUACUUGCUCAGGAGGGUGAAAACAAGCACUGUCUUUGGAACAUCGUUUUUUUUCCACUGGACACUCUUAAUGAUCUGUUUUCCCAGAGUACUUCGUGAGAUGGAAAUUCUGACCCUCAGUGAAACUAUGCCAAAUUUGCAGUCAUCAUUUUCAGUAAUAUACAGUCAUGUCUUUUUAAAGAGCACUGGGAGCUGCACUUUGAUGCAUUAACUUGUAACCUCAGGAAAAUACACAGAUUUCAGUUUCCGGCUAAAUACCAAACACUGGUUGUAUAUGUUAAGAAUAUUGAUAAUAUACAAAUCUCUGCAUAUCAGUGAUGUAUCAUAUCAGCAAAUCGGUCCCUGAGCAUGUACAUUCAUAAUGCCCUAAAUAGAAAGGUAUUCAGUAAUGUAAGACGAAUCAGAUGAAUUAAUCCUUUUCUAAGUUUCUUGUGUCUCUGCUCACUAAGUGUUACUUGGAAAAGGUAAUUGCAGUACCUGUGAAUAAGGUCCAUUGAUAGCAAUGGUGAUUGCCCAGUAACUGAUAUUAUAUACUAACACUGUAUCUAACUUGUCCCAUCAUUGUAAAUGAAAAUGUAAAAAUGAUAGGAGCACUUCACUAGAGAUAUAAUUUGAAAAAGUUUCUCCUUUCCUCUUACUUCCUAUUUGUAUUAAGACUUGUAAUGUUGAUUGUCAUGCUAAGCUGUUCUUAAACAAUGUCAUUUUUGUUCAGGUAUCCUUUAUUCUGUGUUUAUAGCACUGCAAUACUCUGUCAAUAACAAGAUACUGCUUUUUAUGGCUUUGAAGAUUCAGUUUAUAGUUUAGUUGUCUUUUCUUAACAACUUAUGUACUUUGUUACUGUUACCUAUUAUUUUUGAAAAUAGUUGUUUAGUGAACCAGUAAAUGCAAAAAUGUAGAUGUAGAAGAAAACUUUGCUUGCAGUUCUUCAGAACCUGUACUCAAUGCUGAACAGUUAAGUGUGUGGAGUAUUGCUAAAAUGGCAGUUAUUCAUGCAAUGAUUUUGUUAACAAGUCAGGUGGGUUUUUUGUUUCUUGGUUUUUUUUUUCCUUUUUGACUCUGUAGAUGAUUUGCACUUAUGACCUGCUCUGUUAAAACAAUAUUUUCAGAUGUACUAGAAGAGAACGAUUCAACUUUGGUUUAAUGAAAGCCUACCAUUUUUCUGGAAGGAUAUAUUAUUUAGGAAGUUGCAUUCCUAAGUCACCUGUUCUCCGAUGCGUUUCACUUAAGUGUAGAUGGAUUCAAAGAUUAACACUUGCACUGUCAUGCAGAUUUACUUGAUUGCUGUUUAUGUGCUUGGACAGCAAGUUGGGGUUUUUGUUUUGUUUCACCCCCUUUGGUCUCAUUCUGGGACAGAACAUUUUGAAUGUCUUCCACUAUAAUCAGAACAUUUCCAGCAUGAAUAGUAACAGGUUUGACAGCUCCCAAGUAGUGACCAUCUGCUCAAAGAUAUAACUUCAGUCUAACAAUGCAUAGGAAAAGAUGUCAAGUCUCUCCAAAGUCAGACCAAAAAAAAAUGCUGAGAGUUCUCUAAUACUUCACUAAACAGUUAUGUUUGAAGUAUUUUACUAUUGAAGAAGUGAAAGUAAAUGUCAUCUUUCUCCCUCUUCCUGUCUUCUCUUCCCUGCUAAAAUUUCAUGAGAUCUCUCCUUCUAUUUUUCUGCAAUAUGAUAUUAACUGAAAAGAAAUGUGAUGCUCCUUUGUAACUUGCUUACACGAAGGUUCUGUGUAGAUAAGAGUACUGCAUUAUAGUACAGCUUCUGGCCUUUUGCUUUUAGAUAUACCAUGUAUCGCUUUAUUUUUCAGCCAUCAAGCAUGUAAUGUUACCUGGUAAUCAUUCACUUUACCUCUAAGUUCCCUUCCUGUUAGUGCCUAAAGAGGCAUAAGUCGUGCAAUCUCUUCCCUUUGUACCACCAGAUAGUUAAUUUUACAGUGCGUGCCUGGCAUGUGUUUCAGGGGUUCAGCACUUAGCUUUCUGCUCUAGCACUGUGAGUCCAGGAAGUGUUGGUCACCUGUGCUUGAGAGUGAGAAUACUGCUGACUGCUAGGGGCUUUUCCUCAGAGUAGUUGAGUUCCCCACAGUAUCUUAGGUGAUUACUCAGUUUAUUCUGUUUUUGUUUUUGAGUUGCAAGGACAAAACAAGAAGCAGUCCCACUUCCCUGAGCAGGAGGGAAACAAAAAUCCUGAGGAGGGUGGUGUCCUGGAGCUCUGUCACAUUCAGCUGAUAGGCCAGAGAAGAACUCGGGGAGGGAGGAACAGCAGAGGGAAACCUGGUGCAGUUGGGGUUUGCAUUUUGCUAGGCUUGCCAAGAAACAGAACUUUCUGGAUGCUCCUACAGUUUGCAAUUCCAGACACAAACUCAGCUGGUAAAAAUAUUUCACAUUUGUCAACUCACUAUUUCCAGUCUGUCAACUCACUAUUUUCAGUCUGAGAGGUGAAGAUGCAUAUGUUGUCAAAGUGUUUUAGUGGCAGUGCUCAGGAAAAGCAGUCAGUUUUCCCUAAUUGUCCAACUGGACAAGUGUAUCUGGUUUUCUCUACCACUGAGGAUGGCAAAAGCCUGUUCAAACAGAUUAAGAAUAUCACUAGACUUGAUCACUCUGAAGCAAGAUCAAUUUCAUCUGAAUGUAGACUCUCAUGCAGGCAAGGCAGUGUGCGUUAAAUGGUGUGCCUGAUUAAAAAUCUGAGUAAUACAUCCUGAAAAGAAGUCUACAAAGUGAUGAGAUUUUUGAGCAGAAAUUUGUUACCUGGUUGAGAACUAGACAAUGACUUUUUUUACUGUGUCCAGCAAUCAAGUUUCCUUAAUGUUUUAUUAUUUCAGAUGGCAUUAAUAAAAAAUCCAUCUCACUGUCAGUUUAUCAAGAAUGUGUCAGUGCUGUGAGCAUUACCACAAAAUGGUAGGCAGCCUCUUAGCAACCCCACACCAGAUGUGUGAUCACAACAUAACUUCUCCACACACAGGCCUUGUGUCAGCUGGUUUUCCUAACUAAUUGUAUACAUAAACUCAUGUUACUCACAGUAUAUAUCCGUGAUAGCAUUACAGUCUAAAAGCUGUACUUACAGGAACAUAUCCUUCCUUUCUAUUGUAGUGCUCCAGUGUACACUUACGUUUGUGUGCACAUCUGUGUGCACAUCUGUGUAUGUGAAUGAUUUUGUGAUCAUUUUAUGGUAAUUCUGUUACAAAUGAUACACACAAAAGCCCCUAUGUACAGCAUGUUGAUAAUGUAAUUACAACUUACUUUGUAUUAGUUCCAAAGAAAAUGUGUUAAUUUUGAAAAUAUCUGUGCCUUGAAUUCACUUACAUUUUUAUCUAUUGUGAAAAUGAGCUUGGGCUGCUCCUUCUCGUCUGUUAAAGAGAAGUAAAUCUUGCCAUUCCUUAACUAAAGGAACAGUUAAACCUUUUAUUCAGGAUAUGCCUAAAAUACUUCAAUUUUUACAAUGUUAUGGCAGAUUUAAUGUGGGGAAAUCACUAUCUGUUUUUUUCCUAUUUUCCAUUUUCAGCACUCCCUCAGUGACAAAGGAGUCUGACUUCCUGUCCUUCAUGUGUAGUUUCUUGUUUUAGUCAAUUUUUUUUUGCCGUAUUUCAGAACACACUGACUUGUCUGUCCUAAACAUAGUUUAAAAUAAAUAAUAUGAAGCAAUAAUGUGGUAUAGCAUUGGCAAUAAGCAAAAUCAAGAGACUUGAAUAAAGUGUACUAUUAAUUUCAUUUGUGUAAACGCUGACCUGUGGGGCUGUUCUCCUUUUGGUGUACCUGUAGCGAGUUGGAGUCAGAUUAAUAGGAGCUACUUGGCCAUGGAAAGAGAGGUUACCUACUUAACUAUUAUUCAUGAUAUUUUCUUUUCACCUGGAACAUGUGUUGAUUUUUCUUUUUGCUGAGGAAAACAGCAGCUCAUUGUAUUCCUUGCCAGUUCCUUUAUUUACAGAAAUGUAAAAGGCUUAGCUCCACCAAGAGCUAAUCUCGUCUUCAAGAACAAUCUGGUACAGCACAAAUCGAAUCUGAACAAAAACGUGCAGACCACUUAGUGUGUGCCAGACUUAAUGUAAUGUUAUCUUGCACGUAACAUUAAGGUCUUCAGAUUGUGCUGAUAGUAGAAAAGUGAUUUUGUAAUGUAGCACAAUUGCAAUAACAUUUACUUGUUAUAUUUAAAUAUAUUUCUUGCAUAAUUCUUUGAAAGUUUUUUUAAAAAUCCAAUGUACCUAAUAAACAUUUGCCUUUUGAA